AAACAAAACGAAAAAUGAGGGGCAUUUUGGCGUUACUAUUCCUACAAAUGGUGGCGCUCUGCGCCUCCACGGAGCUGUCGACGGCCUCACGGUGGAUAGUCCAUCGCACGAGCGGGAGGCGCGUGAAGCUCACCUGCGUGAAUUGGCCCUCGCACGUGGAGCCAAUGAUCGCAGAAGGCCUUGAGAAGAAGCCACUGCGCCACAUCGUUAAAAAGAUAGCCGAAAACGGGUUCAACUGCGUGAGGCUCACGUGGGCGACGUUCAUGUUCACGAGGCCCGAAUACGGAAGCCUCAGAGUCUCCGAAUCACUGGACAAGUACAAUCUGUCGGCCGCGAGAGCCGGCAUUGCUAGAAAUAACCCUCGGGUUGUGAACAUGACGGUGGUCGAGCUUCACAAGGCGGUGGUGGAUGAGCUCGGGAGGAGGAGGGUGAUGGUGGUGCUCGAUAACCACGUCAGCCGGCCGACGUGGUGCUGCGGCGACGAUGAUGGGAAUGGCUUCUUCGGCGACGCUGAUUUUAGCCCGGAGGAGUGGCUGCGAGGGCUGGCGGCGGUGGCUGAGGCGUAUAGGGAUACUCAUGCGGUUGUGGGUAUGAGCAUGAGGAAUGAGCUACGAGGCAGCCGACAAAACGAGGCAGACUGGUACAAGUAUAUGCAAGAAGGAGCCAACACAAUUCACGCACAUAAUCCAGAUGUCCUAAUCAUCGUCUCAGGAUUGAACUACGCGGGCAACCUCGGGUUCCUGAAAUCCCAACCGCUGGCAGUUAAUUUCACCAAGAAGUUAGUUUUUGAAGCACAUUGGUAUUCCUUUGGCACAUCUGCUGAGCAAUGGGUUGCCCAAACCAACCAGUUAUGUGGCACUAUCACCAAAUGGGCACUAGACAAUUACCUUUUCUUGACCAACUCAUUCCCUCUUUUCAUAAGUGAAUUUGGGAUUAAUCAAAGAGGCGACAGUGAGGCCGACAACCGAUACAUAGGUUGUAUGCUGGCGGCUGUCGCUGAGUUUGACGUUGACUGGGCCUUGUGGACUUUACAAGGCAGCUACAUUCUUAGGGAGGGACAUGUUGAUCUUGAAGAAUUUUAUGGAGUUCUUGAUUUCAAUUGGGAUCGUCUCCGAAAUCCAGCAUUUCUUGAUAGACUGCAGGUUCUUAGGCAGACCAAUCAAGAUUAUAGGUCUAAGCACCCAACACACUAUAUAAUGCUCCAUCCAUUGAGUGGGCAUUGUGUUCACAUUGCUAAGAAUGGCAUGGUAGCUGUGGCUAGUUGCAAAAGAGCAACCCGGUGGGAUCAACACCGAGACGACGGUGGGCCUAUUAAGUUGGCUGGCUCUUCGAAGUGCCUCGGGGUGGCUGGAGACGGGGGAGCCCCACGUGUCUCGAGGCAUUGUUCGAGCGAGUGGAAGUAUGUGUCGAGUUCUGGUCUUCACUUAGCUGCCCAAGAUACAAGAGGGGGACACUUAUGCUUAGAGUUGGAGAAGAAUGGCUCGGAUUCUAAGAUUGUGACUAAGAAAUGUUUGUGUGUAGGAGAUGAUCUAGCUGAUUUACCUACUUGUGCUGACAAUCCACAAGCACAAUGGUUUAAGCUUAUUCCAACAAAUAUUUGAUAAUGCACUUUGAGUUAGAAAUAAAAAAGAAUGUGGUACAUGUCACUAUUUUGUGUGUU